CAUGGCUGUGCCUUUCGUGCAAGACUGGGACCUUGUUCAGACGCUGGGAGAAGGAGCCUAUGGAGAAGUGAGGCUGCUGGUGAACAGACAUACGGAGGAGGCAGUAGCAGUGAAGGUGAUCGAUACCUCUCAGGCUAAAGAGUGUGCUGAAAAUGUCAAGAAGGAGGUCUGCGUGCAUAAGAUGCUCAACCACGCCAACAUCGUACGCUUUUUUGGCCAUCGGAAGGAAGGUCCAACUAUGUACCUCUUCCUGGAGUACUGCACCGGAGGAGAGUUGUUCGACAGAAUUGAGCCUGAUGUGGGGAUGGUGGAGAAAGAUGCACAUAGAUUUUUCCAGCAGCUAAUAGCAGCUGUGGAAUAUCUCCACAGUAAUGGCAUCACCCACAGAGACAUUAAGCCAGAGAACAUCCUGCUGGAUGACAAAGAUAACCUCAAGCUGACAGAUUUUGGCCUGGCCACCAUGUUUCGUUUCAAAGGACGAGAGCGUCUUCUGAGUCGACUGUGUGGAACUCUUCCGUACGUGGCUCCAGAGCUUCUCAGCCAAACAGAGUACAAAGCUCAGCCUGCAGAUAUCUGGGCUUGUGGGAUAGUCCUCACUGCCAUGUUAGCUGGAGAGUUGCCGUGGGACCAGCCCUCUGAGAGCUGUCAGGAGUAUUCAGAUUGGCUUCAAAAGAAAACAUACCUACCUCCUUGGAAGAAAAUACAACCAAUGCCUCUUAGUUUGUUGUCCAAAUUACUGCUGGCCAGUCCAGAUACACGCAUCACCAUCGCAGAUGUACAGAAAGAUCGCUGGUUUACUCAAGGUGUAAAGCAACCACCUCUGGGCUCUGGAGGAAACAAAAUUCUUCGAUCAGAUGUGGGAGUCAUAUCCCGGGCCAACAGUGAUGACCGGAUGCAGUUUUCCAGCUCUCAGCCUGAUUUUGCAGCAGGUGGCUGGGAAGCAAUGUUGGUAAUAGGCCAAACCGACGGUCAGGUCAGCUUCUCUCAGCCGACCAAACCGGAGCACAUGUUGCUGGGUAGUCAGCUGCUGGGCACACCGGGAGCCAGUCAGUCGCCGUGGCAGAGGUUAGUGCGGAGAAUGACGCGUUUCUUCACCACUGUCAAUGCUGACACUUCCUUAACUGCCCUGAAAGAUGCCUGCGAUGACCUGGCACUUGCCUUCAAACUCGCCUGCAACAAACAGGUGACGGUGAGCACACUGGACAAACGCAACAACAAACUCAUCUUCAAAGUCCAUUUGCUAGAGAUGAACCAGAGAGUGCUGCUGGACUUCAGACUGUCUAAGGGUGACGGUCUGGAGUUUAAGCGUCUCUUUGUGAAAAUAAAACAGAAGCUCGGCGACAUCAUCAGCACUCAGAAGAUCACAUGAGGAGCUUUUUUACAAACAAGUGAACACUGCUGUGGACGUUGGAGAGAGAACCUGUAUAUAUUUAGCUGUUCUAUUGAUAUUUUAAAUGUAUUCUGCUGUUCUCAUCAAUUGUUUGUUUGUUUUCUUCUACUUCUAUCCUUGUGAGUUAAGAGGGUGGACAUUUUUGAACACUUUGGUCAAGUCCUCACUUUUUUUAAGGGGUUAGUUAUUUAGUUUAGAUUAGUGUUAGAAUAUAAUGUUUGUCAAAGGUAGGUACACUUAGGGAUGGAAGCAUUUGUGUCCUUUUGUUCUGAUUAUGUUUGACAUGAUGCAGUCCAAAGUCAUGAAUAAAUUAUUAAAGGAGCAACAUUGUAAGCCAAAUGUUCUUUGAUAAAUGAUGCAUAUAAUGAAGAUGACCACUGACUCAAAAGCAUUGUUUUAGGGUUCAGUGUGAGGUGCACCCAUUUUUCAGCAGGGCCUGUUCAAGUCAUGAAGUACCAUACUUGUUAAAAAAUACUGUUGGCUGAGCAGUAUACAUACAUACCAUUUACAGUUUUAUAGUGAAACAUAUGAGAAGAGUUUGUAACUGUUAUUGUAGUUGAGCUGAGAUCAAAGUCACAUGGUUACUGUAAUGAGUGUGCAAACUAUCUAGAACAUUAAUUCCAGGUUAAAGCACAACUGAAGGAGUCUGGGAUAUAUGAUUAUGAGCCUGUUGCCGGGCGCACAUAAGCUGGGUCACCAUAUUCUUCUUCCCCACAACCAAGUCUGCAACUACAUCUGACUAAAAGUGUGUAAAUGCUCAGCACAGCAUCAAGAUUCAGCAUCUUACUCAAGGACACUUUGACAUGCAGCGCAUUAGUGCUUGUGGUAGUAAUAAUAGCAGUAGUAAUAUUGAGAGUGGCAAAGUUACUAUUACCAUUAGUGUACAUUUAUUUUUGUUUGUUUGUUCCCCGAGGCUCCUCCCUUUCUGGCUUUCUCUCUCUCCCACCCACUUUGGAGACUUCUUGCUAGUCUGAAACACAUACCUUGUAGUCUUGUUCUCUGGCUGGAAUUGUCCUCUGUUCAUUGUUUUGUUUUCCUCUGUUGUCCUACAUGGUAUGAUCUUUUGUUUUGUAAUAAAAAAAGAAAUUGCUUAUAACUAAUACAUUUAAU